AUGAGGCAGUUGAAGAUUGCAUCAUGGAAUGUUAGAACUUUGUCUGAUGCCUCAACAUCAAAGCGCCAGGCACCGGAGCGCAGAUCUGCUCUAGUUGCUGCUGAGUUAGAGCGUCUGAACAUUGAUGUUGCCUGCUUGAGUGAGUGUCGGAUCCCUGAGGAGGGGGAGUUCACUGACGGCAGUUACACCUUUUUCCACUCUGGCAGGAGCAGCGACCAACCCAGGCAGGACCGACUCCUCCUCCUUGGAGAUUUUAACGCUAGAGUCGGCUGCGACUGUGAAACCUGGCCAGAGGUCAUUGGCCAAUACGGCCUGGGAAAAGAAAAUAAUCAGGGCAUAACACUCCUUGAACUAUGUACCCGCUUUGGUCUGACCAUUGCAAACACACUGUUCUCUCACCCUGACAUACACAGAGGCACAUGGAAACACCCACGAUCGCAACGCUGGCAUAUGAUUGACUAUGUUAUCAUCCGGCAACACUAUAGGUCAGACCUUGUUGAUGCACGUGUCUGUCGCAGCGCUGACUGCUGGACUGAUCAUCGGUUAGUGUGCGCGAGACUGAAACUGCGCUUCCAUAUAUCAUCCCAACGGAAGCUCAACAGCGGCCCUAGGCGUCUAAAUAUCAAUCGCCUGAAGGUGCCUGAAGUCAACAGUCAGCUGAGGGAAAAGAUAGCUGCAAAUGUACAAGAUCUAGAUGCAGAACCACUGGAUGACCACUGGAAAUCCCUCAAGGAAACACUUUACAACACAACCAAGGAAACAGUUGGAUUUCAGAAAAGGCAACAUCGUGACUGGUUCAGGACACACCUGAAAAUCGUCAGCAUUACAGAGCUGCCAGGAAUCACUGCCAAAGAGAGCUCCGCCGCUUACAAAACCAAUGGUGGCUGGAUCGAGCUAGUGAGAUCGAAGCCCAUGCAGAACGGCAUGACUCCAAGAGCUUCUUCAAGGCAGUGA